AUGCAGCGCUCAACCCGCUCAAAAAAGAAUUCUAAACUAGCGCAAGUCGCUGACGAGAAUUCUUUUGUGGAUUUCAAAACGCCAAAACACGCCAAAACACCUAAAUUACAAGCGAAGACCCCAUUGCAGACGCCUUACCAAGCAUUUCAAACGCCUAACAAGAAGUAUAACGAUAAACCUACAAAGUCUCCGACACGUGCUCUCAAAGAUAAGACCAAUAAAACACCGUAUGUGGGCAACAAUCAACAAACCAGUCUUUAUCAAGAAACAGCUCAUUUGAAAACCGUAAAAUUUGCCUUAUCAGAUUCACAUGAGAAAAAUGGCUCUGAUACGGAAUUGAUUCAUACGAUAAAGGCGAAUAAUAAAAGUGCUCAACGGAGUAAAAAUACACCAAAAAAUGUCAAGGAAGUAAUUUCAUUUGAUGUGGAUGUCGGCGCAGAAAAUAUUCAAAUAAAUUCAAAUGUCCAAGAUGCACUAAAUGAAGGGGAGUGGGACGUGGAAUAUUGUCAUCCUCAUCAAGAAGGAUUCCCGUAUGAACCAAGCGAAGAUAUUUGCAUCGAUUUGGAAUAUUUCCGCGGCCGACCUACAACGGAGGCGUACGAAUUUGAGAAUGUUGAAUUUAAAGAUUUGCCAAUAAUCGAAAUUAACGAGCAUGAACUUCGUCUAGAUCCUACAUCAAUCGUGAAUGAAAAAGAAAUUUACCAAAUUCACGAUUCUGGAUCUAUUGAAUGGGGUUUUGAAAAUUUGUUUGAUGAAAUAUUUGGUCCAUUACCACCUGCCGUCUCAUCCUAUGAUAAUGAAAUUUUCAAAUUAUGA